CAUUGCUCUUCAGCACCAGGGUUGUGGACAGCGACCUACGCCGGCUGCUGAUCGCACGCCCCUUCCUCUCAAUCUCCGCCAGACCUGCUGCUACUGCAGAGCUAGUCCCCCCUGUUGCAGAGAAAGGAAAUUACAUCGGGAACCAUGCAGCCGGCAAUGAUGAUGUUUUCAAGUAAAUACUGGGCAAGGAGAGGGUUGUCCCUGGAUUCAGCUGUGCCUGAAGAGCAUCAGCUACUUGGCAGCUUAACACUAAAUAAAGCUAACUCUGGGAAAAAUGAUGACAAGAAAGCCAACAAGGGAAGCGGUAAAAGUGAAACUGCUACCGAAAGUGGCAAGACAGCAGUUGUAUUCUCCUUGAAAAACGAAGUUGGUGGAUUGGUAAAAGCGCUGAGGCUCUUUCAGGAAAAACAUGUCAACAUGGUUCACAUCGAAUCUAGGAAAUCCCGACGAAGGAGUUCCGAGGUUGAAAUCUUUGUGGACUGUGAGUGUGGCAAAGCAGAAUUCAACGAGCUCAUUCAGUUGCUGAAAUUUCAAACCACAAUUGUGACGCUGAAUCCGCCAGAGAACAUUUGGACAGAGGAAGAAGAGCUAGAGGAUGUGCCCUGGUUCCCCCGGAAGAUCUCUGAGUUAGACAAAUGCUCUCACAGAGUUCUCAUGUAUGGUUCUGAGCUUGAUGCCGACCACCCAGGAUUUAAGGACAAUGUCUAUCGACAGAGAAGAAAGUAUUUUGUGGAUGUGGCCAUGGGUUAUAAAUAUGGUCAGCCCAUUCCCAGGGUGGAGUACACGGAAGAAGAAACUAAAACCUGGGGUGUCGUAUUCCGGGAGCUCUCCAAACUCUAUCCCACUCAUGCUUGCCGAGAGUAUUUGAAAAACUUCCCCCUGCUGACUAAAUACUGUGGCUACAGGGAGGACAAUGUGCCUCAACUCGAAGACGUCUCUGUGUUUCUGAAAGAAAGGUCUGGCUUCACGGUGAGACCAGUGGCUGGAUACCUGAGCCCACGAGACUUUCUGGCAGGACUGGCCUACAGAGUGUUCCACUGUACCCAGUACAUCCGGCAUGGCUCAGACCCCCUCUACACCCCGGAACCAGACACAUGCCAUGAACUCUUGGGACAUGUUCCACUGCUUGCGGAUCCUAAAUUUGCACAAUUUUCACAAGAAAUAGGUCUGGCAUCCCUGGGAGCAUCAGAUGAAGAUGUUCAGAAAUUAGCCACAUGCUAUUUCUUCACAAUUGAGUUUGGCCUUUGCAAGCAAGAGGGACAACUGCGGGCAUAUGGAGCAGGACUCCUUUCCUCCAUUGGAGAAUUAAAGCAUGCCCUUUCUGACAAGGCAUGUGUGAAAGCCUUUGACCCAAAGACAACUUGCUUACAGGAAUGCCUUAUCACCACCUUCCAGGAAGCCUACUUUGUUUCAGAAAGUUUUGAAGAAGCCAAAGAAAAGAUGAGGGACUUUGCAAAGUCAAUUACCCGUCCCUUCUCUGUAUACUUCAAUCCCUACACACAGAGUAUUGAAAUUCUGAAAGACACCAGAAGUAUCGAAAACGUGGUGCAGGACCUUCGCAGCGAUUUGAACACAGUGUGUGAUGCCUUGAACAAAAUGAACCAAUAUCUGGGGAUUUGAUGCCCGGAACCGGUGUUGUUGCCAGCAUGAUCUUUUUGGGGAUUAGCAGCAAUUUGGUCAAUGUCAUUUAACACUGAUAACUUUCUGUGUCAUGGCUUGGCUAGUUAGCAUGCAAUUCCACAUAUCUGUACCUACUUGUAACUUACUGUGUUAGUAUGUAAAACACCAAAAGAAACCCAAAUAACUACUUGUGUGAAAGAGUGUAAUAUGUUUAAAUGUCUUAAAUCGAUUUGACAUUGCUGCUUAGGGUCCUUAACCAAACUGCAUCUAUUUAAAAUUUGUAACAAAUAACCCUCUUAGGAUCCUAGCUUAUGCCCUUUUCUUUCUCAGAUUUGAGCCUUUUCUUCUGUGUUCAUUACAUAAAAUGAAAACAACAGUGAAGCUGUUUCUAUUUUCAAUAGUAUCAAUGUUUUCACAGUAUUAUUUGAGACAAACCUAGAACUGUAGGAAACUUCCCAUCGCAGUAACAAAAGAUGCAAUAUUCUGUUUCAAAAAUUGUUCAGGUAACAAAGUAGCUGGAAUGAUUUUUAGGUUGAAUAUAUAUAAAAUGCAAGAAAAGAGAAUGUUUUACAAACAAAAUGUAUAGGUUGCAUUGACCUUGUAGAAACUGAGUUGUGAGAAGCUUCCUGAAGUAUUUUGGAAGAUAAUAUGUCUAGAAAGGACAUUAGGAAAAACUAAACAGUGGGCAAUAAAUCUUGUGACUAUGAAUUUUACACUGGAAUAAAGUGAAUUAUCAUGCACAGAUGUUUAACCCAUUUCUCUAGUUCAGAGGAGAAUAAAAUCACAGAGCUAUAAAGAUCAUCUUUGAUUUAAAAGAUGUGAAAAUUGAGUCACAGAGAAGUUAAGUGAUUUGCCCAAAGCAGCACAGUUAAUUGUAUACCUACAUGCACAGUGUGUUGCAUUUUCCUUUUGGAUUGCUGAGCAGUUCAACUUGGUAUAUGCUCGUGUUUAUGUGUCAUCAGAGAAGGAAAACUAAUGCCUAUCAAAACUAAUGUUUAUCACUAUAUAGGACUUGGUUUGUGAUCUAGGGUUGCCAACAGUAUAUAUAAUGUUUCCCCUCAUGGCCCCAAACCAAGCCAGAUCUAAGGGAGGUUAUUUCCCAAAGUUUGGACAACUUUGGGCAAACAGUAGUGAUACACCACAAAUUUUUUGUGAUCCUUGACAUAGAAGAUAAAAUCAGGUGAUUAAGUGAACAAACAAAAACCUGCUGAAGGAGUGCAUGAAUUUCAUCUUUUGAUUCCCUCGCCAAACACAACUACCGUUCCUUCGAUUCUGCUUUCAGUAGUGCAGAAAACUGGAUGGGGAAGGAGAGGAC